AUGGAUGAAUAUGAAGAAUACUCAGAUGGAGAUAUUGUAGAGGGAGAAGACGAAGAAGAUUUCGAUGAGGAGUACUCUUCAGACGAAAUAAACCGUAAGGCAAUUGCAUUAUUCGACUUCGUGCCUGAAAAUGAUAAUGAAGUGGCAUUACGUGAAGGACAACUAAUUUGGAUAUCUUAUAGACAUGGUCAAGGGUGGCUUGUAGCGGAGGAUCCUGAGACAGGAGAAAAUGGAUUAGUGCCUGAGGGAUAUGUAGAAAUAUGGAAUGAAGAAGAAGAGGAAGAAGAAGAAGUGGAACAAGAUGGAGAAGAAAAUGCUGGACAAAUAGAGGUUAGCGAUGUUAGGGUGCCUGUAGGAAGCAACAACAGCAGAAAUGAAAACUUCCAACACUCUGGCGAGAGAGGAGGUGAUGAUGAUGAACCUAAAAGAUUUUUACCCGAGAUUCUUCACUACGAAGAGGGUGAGUGGGUUGAUACUGAAGAUGAAACCGAAGAGGUUUAUCAUCGACCUACAGGAGAUGAUUCAUAA